AUGACCAACAUAGAUGAUUUGCUCAGGGCUAAUUGUGAUCUCAGAUGGCAAAUAGAUGAUCAACAAAAAUUACUCGAAAAAUGCAAAGAGAGAAUAAAUAAAUGCAUAUCAAUGAGCAAGAAACUUCUUAUUGAAAAUAGCACACAAAAAAACUAUCAAUCAAGCAGAGAGAAGAGUAUACAAGAUAGAUUAUUACACCUUGGGCACUUUACAACAUUUAGACAUGGUACAUCAUUUACUGAACAAUGGACAGAUGGUUUUGCAUUUCAGAAUCUUGUGAAGCAACAAGAAUGGGUGAAUCAGCAAAGGGAAGAUAUUGAAAGGCAAAGAAAACUUCUAGCAAGCAAACCUCCCACAGCUAAUAAUUCUCAGGCACCUUCUACCAAUUCUGAACCAAAACAAAGAAAAAACAAAGCAGUCAAUGGAGCAGAUGAUCCCUUUGUUAAACCAAAUUUACCACAACUGUUGACUUUGGCAGAAUAUCAUGAACAAGAAGAAAUCUUCAAACUUAGACUCGGACACCUCAAGAAGGAAGAGGCAGAAAUCCAGGCAGAACUUGAACGUUUGGAAAGAGUCAGAAAUUUUCACAUACAGGAACUCAAAAGAAAAAAUAAAGAUAAUGCACAGUUCAAGGAUCACCCAAUGUUAAAUGAAAGAUAUUUAUUACUUCAUCUACUUGGAAGAGGUGGCUUCAGUGAAGUGUGUAAGGCUUUUGACCUAUAUGAACAAAGAUAUGCUGCUGUGAAGAUCCAUCAGCUUAGUAAAAGCUGGAAAGAUAAGAAGAAAGAAAACUACCACAAACAUGCCUGCGGAAAGUACAGAAUACACAAAGAACUGGAUCACCCAGUUAGCGUAGUUAAACUGUAUGACUAUUUUUCCUUGGAUACAUAUACGUUUUGUACAGUGUUAAAAUACUGUGAAGGCAAUGACUUGGAUUUCCAUCUGAAGCAACACAAAUUAAUGUCAGAGAAAGAAGCUAGGUCUAUUGUAAUGCAGAUUGUAAAUGCACUAGGAUAUCUCAAUGAGAUCAAACCUCCUAUUAUACAUUAUGAUCUUAAGCCAGACAAUAUCCUUCUGGUAGAUGGGACAGCAUGUGGAAAAAUCAAAAUUACUGAUUUUGGCCUGUCCAGAAUUAUGGAUGGUGACAGCUAUGGUGUAGAUGGAAUGGAUCUAACCUCCCAAGGAGGAGGCACUUACUGGUAUUUACCUCCUGAAUGUUUUGUUGUUGGAAAAGAGCCACCAAAAAUUUCCAACAAGGUUGAUGUGUGGUCAGUUGGGGUCAUGUUUUUUCAUUGUCUCUAUGGUAGAAAGCUAUUUGGUCACAAUCAAUCUCAACAAGAUAUUCUUCAAGAAAAUACAAUAUUAAAAGCCACAGAAGUCCUGUUCCCUUUAAAACCAGUUGUAAGCAGUGAAGCCAAGGCCUUUAUAAGACACUGUUUGGCAUACCAAAAAGAAGAUCGAUUUGAUGUGCACCAGCUGGUGAACGAUCCAUACCUUCUCCCACACAUGAGAAGAUCGAAUUCUUCAGCAAACUUACACAUGGCUGGUCUGACAGCGUCUCCCACUCCCUCUUCUUCAAAUGUAAUCACUUAUUGA